GUCCCGCACCCUUAUUAUCCGCAGACGAUUCACCUGCCUCACUAUGUGCGGAAUGAGACCUCGGUGUUCUCCUUGAUUGCGCAGUUUGGCUUUCUAUGGGCAGCUGUGAUUGGAAUAGCCUUUAUUGCUAUACGCCGUAUUCGACCAACAGCUAGUCGACCCGAUCAGAUUGCUUUUACUUGGAUGUGUUUGACGGGAUUCAUCCAUUUAUUCUUCGAAGCAUACUUCGUCGUCAACCAUGAAACUCUCGCUAGCUCCCAAGGGCUAUUCGGUCAGCUGUGGAAGGAGUAUUCGCUAUCUGAUUCGCGGUAUUUAACGUCCGAUGCUUUUGUGGUUUGUAUGGAGGCCAUUACUGCUUUCGCCUGGGGCUUCCUCGCCUUCUAUAUUGCCUAUUGCAUCGCAGUGGAGCACCCUGCUCGAUACGCCCUACAGCUUAUAAUCUCCGUGGGCCAGGUAUACGGAGACGUUUUGUACUAUGCGACGAGUUUGCUCGAUGUGUCUUAUUGUAGGCCGGAGGGGUACUACUUCUGGUUUUACUACUUUUUCUUUAAUUUUAUUUGGAUGGUUGUGGGUUGCUAUUAUAUCAAGCAAAGUGUCGCGGAAAUCUCAAGGGCUUUUGGGAGACUUGCAGAGGGUGAUGCUUUGCGAAAGGGAAAAUAGGCUGAAGUCUGGAAUAUGGUAAAUACUAAUUUAUAGUGACGAAGAUAGAGUGGAGGCAGGUGUUGUAGCAAGACUAGUCAUAGUUCAUUUUGUUCUGAUACAAUUUCAAAGCUGAUAGUCAAACUGUAUGUAGCAAAACCCAGGAACGUGCUAUUACUGUUGCUAUCCACUUGUCGACCCUCUUUUUGCCAAAAUAAGGAAAGUAAUCAUCGCUAAGAUCGCUAAAGUCAGACAUGAGUCCCAUACCGUCAACCGAAGACGACAGAGAAACAAUCUGGCUGAGCUUAAACGGCAUUUUCAUAAGAAUAAAACCCGGCAAGGGCAUGGUUUCCGAACGGAACCGUUGCACGGAGAGUUCAAAAUUCUCCGAAUUCGAUCUCUCUCAGAUCUAUGGGAUUGCGUAUAAUAACGCAGGCUCAUAAACACCAGUAAGACUGUGUUGUUAAAUAGAGAC